AGCUCUGCUUCUUCCUACUCCUUUGCUGAAUAUUGCAAGUGUAAACAUGUGAUGUUCCUUAGUUGUUAAGCAUGUCAAAAACAAAUGAACAUACCAUGACCAUGAAACCAUAGUGGCACCGUUUGUGAUUUAAAACACCUUUUAUAGAGGGAAACAUCGCAGAACCUGAUGAACCAGUUUAACGCAGAGUCCAACCUGCUUCAGUUUCUCAGCAGCAUGCGAAUGAUACAAGCUGGCAUAAACAUUCGUCAUCUCUAGGGAACGGCUGGGCUCUUGAAUUCUGACCCCUUGGAAAGCUGACUGCCUGACCCCAUCUCAGCACCUCUAUGGCGGCUUCUGCCUGGUCUGAGGAGGAGACUUUUGUGUGCUCCGUAUGCCUGGAGACCCUGAAGGACCCAGCAACUCUACCCUGUGGACACUCUUACUGUUUGGCUUGUAUCCAAAGCCACUGGGACAAAGGCAACAGCAAGGGCCAGUACAGCUGCCCCCAAUGCCGGCAGCUCUUCAAUCCUCGACCUUCACUGGCCAAGAGCACGGUUCUGGUGGAAGCUAUGGAAAAGCUGAGGACCAACAGCCUCAAACAAAGUGGCUCCAGCGCUGUCUCUUCUGCUCCACCAUCAGAACCUCUCUACCUGGAAGUUCUUCCAGAUAUGGCACCACAAGAUGGCGGCAUGUACCCCCAGCUUCCCACAGUGACUCCCAGACCUUGUCCUCAACACAACCGGCCCCUGGACCUGUUCUGCCGUGAUGACAGGGAGUGUGUGUGUGAGGUGUGUUGUCAGCAUGACCACAAAGGGCACCAUGUUCUCAAGCCUGAAGAAGAGAGGAAGGAGAGACAAAAAGAGCUCUUUCAGGUACAGGCAGAGGUGGAGAGACGAAUCCACGAGACAGAGAAGUCCCUCAAGGAUUUCCCGAAUGUUGCACGUCAACAUAAGGCUUUGGUCCAAGCUCUGCAGCAAGAGAUGCUCAAUUUGUUUUCUGAGGCAGCCGGCGUCAUUACUCUCACUGGCACUCAGGUUGGUGAGCUUCUUAACACCCACGAGAGGUCUUUAGGCAGCCAAAUUGAAGGCCAGAUCCACCGACUGGAGCAGGAGGCAGUCCAACUCCGCUGGAAGGGAGAGGAGCUGAGCAGGCUGGCAGAUAUGCAGGACCACAUCUGCUUCUUAAAGAAUUUCUUCACCAUGGAACAGGCGGCUCCAACAAGUACCACCACAGGGCUUUCAAUACUGAGGAAAGAGGAAGCAGUGGCAACAUCUGUACGCUCGGCCUUGAAGGAUCUACAAGAGUCACUUAAGGAGAUGUGCAAAUCUACGCUGGCCACAAUUGUCUCAUUAGUGAAUGAGGACUCCGCCAUCACACCAAGCAUUACUCCAGCUGAUAACCAUGGGCAGGCUACUGUGCAAAACACAGUUUACGAGAUGCUAAACCCUGUACUCGCGCCACGACCCCAAGGUCCUGAUGCUUCAGCCAAGCAUUCACAUCUCCCUCCACGACCAUCUUCCGUAACAACAGUGGGACUUGUAAGUCCAGAACCAAAGAUGAGAGAAGAAUUAUUGAAAUUUCGCUUCGAGCCUACCAUGGACCCCAACACGGUGUAUCGGCAUAUACAGCUGUCCGAUGGAGGUCAUAAGGCCACAUUGCGGGCAGAGAACCUGAACCCAGCAGACCACCCGGAACGUUUCCAGUACUGGAGGCAGCUUCUCUGCAGAGAACCACUGGCAGGCAGCCCUUACUACUGCGAGGUGGAGUGGACUGGCCAAAAGAUUACCAUUGGAGUGGCCUACAAGGAGAUGGAUCGCAAAUGCUCCGAUGACAAAAGCCGUUUGGGCCACAAUCCCCUUUCGUGGGCGUUGUACUGGUCUGGGACCGGUUUCUCCUUCUGGCACAAUGGUCAUGAAAAACUUCUGGGCUCGCCCAAAUGCAGACGGAUCGGCACCUAUUUGGACCAGCAUGCAGGGAUUCUGGCCUUUUACCGCAUCGCCAACAACCAGGCUGACCUCAUCCACAGACAUGUGACCCAGUUCACCGGCCCAUUGUACCCAGGAUUCAGGUUCUGGGGAGGAGUUGGAGCUACAGUCCAAAUCUGCCAGUUGGAGUGAAACACCAACAAAGGAGACAUAACAAGUGUCUUCUUGCUUCUCUCGCCCUAAUGAAUGGAAUAGAAAUCUUACAUAUUUGAUUUAAUAAAAUGUAUAAUCAGCAGAAAAAAUCAAUUCAUUACUAUUCAGUACUUGCUAAACAUGGUAACACAACAUGCAUUCAGCGGGCAACAUGAGAGUGCACUCAACUGAUGACUCGUCAUCUUAAUGACAUUAAAACGUAUUUUUAAAAAAGGCUUUAAAAAGACCGGUGUAAACACCGAAGGACCCAUAUGGCGUCAAGUAGGUUUCCUCAGUUUAUAAAAUGUCAAUACCAAUGUGUUGCCAUGACAGUGUUUUCACGCCAUGAUUUAAAAAUAUUAUGACUCUACCUAGCAAGGUGGUAGUGGUUACAGUAUAUCGAGCAGAGCGAGCCAAAGUCAUAUUUAAAGAAACAAAUGAAAGCACUGUACCGUCGUUGAUACAGAGUACAAGGAAAUAAACAGGGAAACGAUAGAAACCAACAAAAGAUAACUGUCUUAAUUUAAUUUGGCUCCGCAGAACCAAGCAGGACAUGAAAGACUUUCAGGGACACUUU